AUGUCUAUCGGUAGAUGCCUUGCCUUUCGAUUUAUUCUGUUGCUUCUGUGGGGAAAUAUUGGGGUGCUUUCCUCUCCGCCGCUCAUCCAAGCCACUGAGACCGUGCUCCAUGCCAGCGGUACUUUGGAGCGUCUGGUGGACGACUUUAUGAGGGCUCCCUGGACGGUGCUCAAUCUGCUGCAGCAUUAUCAUCAAAAUGGUGGAUUUCCCAAUGGGCUGACGGUGCGAGACAGAGAUGCCUUCAACACCAUUUCUUACAGCCUCUUCCAGACAUACGAUGUUCCCAGGAUGUACGGACUCUAUUACGCCAGUGAAGCAGGAAUGUUUGCCGGAUACAGCGGUGGGAAUGCCUCUGCGGGAACCUAUCGUGAGCCUGUCAACAGUGGGUACUCCAUCCAUGACAUGGACAUGCAACAAUACUAUCAUGCAUGUGUGGAUCCAGUGACGGGUGAAGCCACGACAUGCGACAUGGUAGAGGGAACCGAAUACGUUCAGUGUCAAGAGGACUGUGUCUUGGAACCGUGUCACUCGCAGCAGACACCCUGUAAUUCUACAUCCGACUGUCUCCAGCAGCAAAAAUGGUGCCCCAAAUACCAGAUUCAAAAGGCCAGCAACAACGACUUAGGCUUUGUCCCACGCACGUGGUACUGUCAUGGCAUGGACGGAAAGUACACUCAGAAUAUACCAGGCAUCCGUGGCGAUAGUUGCCUGUUUGCCGACGGCAUCACCGUGUAUGCCUACUGCCAGGUUGCCAACAAGACAAUCUGCAAUGACGUCUUUACAGGUGGGUUCCGAUCUUCCGAUUAUGAUCCACGCGUGAGGCCGUGGUACCGGGCCACCCGGCAAAGGCAAAUGCCCACCUGGACUCCACCGUACCGGUUCUCCAAUCAUCUCAACCUGUUGGGGAUCACCUACAGCGAGCCAGUGUACUUGUGGCAAGGGGACAGACACGUGUUUGCGGGAGUCUUUUCGGUGGAUUAUACCCUGGAUAGCUUGUCCGAGCUCCUUGUUGGGAGCGACGGAACGGUAUCUCCAUCGACGACAUUCGUCAUCUUUGAGCAUGCCGAACCCAACUAUUUAAUCGCGUCGUCAAGUGGGCUCAGUCCAACCCGCAACGUGAACGAAAGCCUGCCGUGCACUGCCAACGAAGAAGAGUGCAUGCGGGUGACGAUGAGUGAGGUGACCAAUGAUGCUCUACAAAGGGCCUACAGGCUCCAGAAAGAAGGUGACUUCCCCGACGGACUGGUAGAAUUCAAGAUUUCCAAUCGCCUGGGUGCUGGUCGCGAUGUCUUUGUCUCAAAGUCAUCCGUGGUGUAUCAAACCAAGAACAAAGAAUUGCAAUGGAUACUGUUAGUGGUAUCCCCAGUGGACCACAUUGUGACGACAACAAGUCCACUAUCAACAAACGACACUCUGCUUGCCGUGGUGUGCACCAUUGCCAUUAUUGGAUCCGGUUUGUGCCUCGGAAUGGCAAUUUGGUUCUAUUGGAAACGCAAAUCCCCGGCCGUCAUUCUGACAGAGAGAUGGUUCACGCAGGCCUUUUUGAUUGGAUGCGCCCUCAUGAAUCUCUCCACAUUUGCCUAUUUCUUGGGGGAAGCCACGCAAGAACUUUGCAUGUUGCGAAUGUGGGCAUUCCCGCUAUGCUUCUCAAUGGCAAUUUCACCGUUGUUUGUCAAGACAUAUCGGCUGUUUGUCAUGUCGGGCAAUCCGAACGGGAAUCGCAUGUCCAGUGCCGAGGGUGUAGCCACCAGCAACAGCCGGAGACGCCCCUCCAUUAGCAAUCCAAAUGCUGCGGCUCUGACUUUGCCAAUUGUUCUGAUCCAAUGUGUGAUUUUGGUAGUUUUCAGUUUGAUUGACCCUCCAAAACCAAGAGAUGAUGAUGAGGUUGUGAUGGUUGAGUUUGAAGAUGACGUCGCCACAACGGAGCACCUUGGUUGCCGCACCCGUACAAACGCCUUUUUGUACACUGCCAUGGCAUUCGAUGGUACCCUGGUCUUGAUUGGAUGUGGCUUGGCAUAUGCCACUCGCGACACCGCACGUGGAUGUGGCCAAGCCAAAGAGCUUGCCUUUGCCAUGUACAAUGUUCUUUUCAUUGCCGUCAUUGUCGCCAUCUUGCUCCUGGUCGUUCAUCACACGACCGGAACCGUACUUCUCUUUGUCCUUGGCAUAAACUGCGGUACUGUGUUCAGUUCUGCCGUAUUUGUGCUACCCCGGCUUGUUGGCCCCAUGAACGAAACCUCACAUCGAUCUACCCGAUCGUUCCAUCAAAGAGGGACCAGUGGAUCCUCCAACGAUGUCCCCCCUGAGUGUCAGUCUACGUUCCAUUCAGCAGUGGAUCAUGCCCACGUUGCGAGCUCCAGCAUCUAUCACUCCUGUGUCUUUGGCGAUAAUCCCACGGCACAGCAGCAGAGUGAGGCGCAGAAUGACCACGAUGUUACCGCUAACGCUAACGCUUCCGAUAGCGAGACUGCAGAUGACGAUUUUGUGGAAUUUGAACCAUUUGAACCAGUGCCCACCGUGUUUCCUUAUGACAUACCCCUGGCGACAGACGGUAUCCCCGGCGUUUCCCACAUCCCGACAAUAUCCAUUGGCACCUGUACGACGCGCGAUGCGACACUACCAAGUAAACGCACCAGUGACUCGCGUCAUGUUUCAGCAAACACUGUAUCCCACCCAAGGCAUUCCCACGCUAAGACGAUGCCUGCCCUACAAUCCGCUACCCCACCCACAAGGAGCGAUUCUCCGGGUCCUCGUGUUUCAGAUCUCACCAGCAGCACGCCAUACCCAAGCAGCACACUCAGCCCGAGUGCUUCAGAAGACGGGAAUGUACGGUGA